ACUACUAUCCCUUUAAACCGCACAGAGCCACGUGCGCCCCAACGCCCCCUCUUCCAUUCCGCUGCUCCUGCACCUCAUUUUGAAGUGAGUUGCAAGAUGGCAAUGACAUUGGCAUACUGGGAUAUACGCGGGCUUGCUCAACCAAUCCGUCUGCUGUUGGAAUACACUGGUACUAAGUAUGAGGAGAAGUUCUAUUCUUGUGGUGAAGCUCCCGACUAUGACAGAAGCUGUUGGUUAAAUGAGAAAUACAAACUUGGGCUGGACUUUCCUAAUUUGCCCUACCUAGUGGAUGGUGACACCAAGGUAGUCCAAAGCAAUGCCAUAAUGAGAUACAUCGCCCGCAAAAACAACCUCUGUGGGGAAACUGAAGAAGAGCAGCUGAGAGUUGACAUCUUGGAAAACCAGGCAAUGGACUUCCGCAACGGUUUUGUCCGGCUCUGCUAUGGAGACUUUGAUGAAAACAAAUCAUGUUACAAUGAGAACCUGCCAGGAACUCUAAAGCAGUUCUCUGACUUCCUUGGUGACAGGAAGUGGUUUGCUGGGAACAAGAUCACAUUUGUGGAUUUCAUCAUGUACGAGUUGUUGGAUCAGCAUCGUAUGUAUGAACCAGCAUGCCUGGAUGACUACAGAAACCUUAGAUGUUUCCUGGAGCACUUUGAGAAUCUUGAGAAGAUUGCAGAAUACAUGAAGUCAAGCAAGUUCAUGAAAACACCCGUGAACAGCAAGAUGGCCAAAUGGGGAAACAAGAAGGAGUGAAAAUGUCAAGACUGUCUUGAUCAAGCAUCAUAAGGUGCACCAUCAACUGCUUUGAAUAUAACGUCAGUGCAGUUGAAGAGCACAUGUGGUGAUAGUUUUUUGAGACAGCUAUUUUAAACCUUUUGAUGAACAGGCAGUUUAAGGAUAAUUAGUUCAAUUUACAUCCCAGUGAUACAGCUGACAUAUAUUGAUUAUAAAAGCAUUACAAAACAGUCAGUAAUGUCUGUUGUUGUCUAUAGAUAUAAUGCAGUUGAAAAGCACUUAUGUUUAGAUUAAAGUGUUUAGGUGAGUGUUACACUUUGAUUUUUGUCUAUUUGAUGCGAUGAAAAGAGAAGCAUUUCAUUGUUAUAGAUUUCACCAUUUGAAUUGUGAUUCUACAUUUGUAAACAAAUUGUAAACAAAAUUAACUGUAAACAAAAUAAACUGCAAUUUAAGCUUUGUUGAAUUGUAAACAGAGCUUAAAUUGCAGUACCUUAUUUUGACCCAAUAAAUCAGAGCACUGUUUUGUUCAAUGAAAUUUACAAAUAUAA